AUGCCUCGUCGAAUGGCCCUUUCUGAUCAAACUGCGAAAAUACUCAUCAAAGAAGUGAAGAAACGAGGGUGUCUGUGGGAUCCAGACGACGAUCGGUACAACAAUAGAUACCAUAUGGCUCGAGCGUGGUCGGAGAUAGGGAAUUUGCUUCAUAUGCCUGAAGACUGCUUACGAGUAAAAUGGAAAAAUAUUCGAGACAUAUUCAUGAAAGAGAUCAGGAAAUAUGGCCCGGCUAUAGAAGAUUACACAGGGAAGUGGAAACAUUUCGAAGCGCUGGGUUUCUUGCACAAAACCACAACACGAGGGAACCUGUCUAACAAUGAAGAGAACAGCUCCGAGGAUAAGGAGCUCCCCGUUACGAAGCAGGAAUAUGUCGACCCAGACGUUGAAGCUGACGAAGAAGGGAGGAAUGAGGAAGUGGAAGUUUACUUCAGUGAACAUUUCGAAGCUCAAGAUCCAUUGCCUGAUAAAAGAAUCAAAUUGUCGACAAGUGAUGAUGACUUCGACAUCAUGUUCCUCAAGUCCUUAGCUCCGUAUUUUAAAAAAUUAGAUCCCAUCAGGAAAUUAGUGGUGAGAAGUAAAAUGCAAGAUAUGCUUCUGAAUGAGAUUGCGGCGCAAUCUUCUACUACUUCGUUUCAACUUAAAAGGAGUUGA